UCUUUUUGUCGAAAGUGGGAAAUUAAAAAAUCGUUGUUUUUUUGGGGGGGGAGGGGAAAUUGAGAAGUGGAAAUUUUUAUGUAUACGAAAGAGGUGAUCUUCAGAAUCUUUACAACGAAUUUUCGGCCCUGGAUCCCACUCUAGAUUGUGUUGCAACUGGCUUUCAGCCAGAAAAUGUCUUCCAGUCAACGUUAAAAUCGACUGAAGCAAAAGCAACGGGGAAUAGUUUAAAAGUGAUUUUUUUUUAUCACGGAAGAAAAAGAAGAAGAAGAAGAAGAAGAACAAGUGAUAAGUGAAAGAAAAAAAGAGCGUGUUAUUGAAUUAAGAAAAAAAAUUCAAUUAUCAAAAAAAAAAAAAAAAAAUUCAGUGAAUAUUGGGACAGUUAAUAAAAUAGGUAAACCACCCCCUAAUAGUGGGGGGUGGGUAAAGUUGUCGUCAGCGUGGGUGCCGGUGCGGCUGGGGCGCGCCUGGCCCGUCGGCUCGCCCGCAGACUAGCACGUCGAUUUAUUGAAAUUUUAGGCCCAUUGCCACGAUCAACAGGGCUGGCUACUUCGGGCGCUACAUUCGGCGCCGCGGGGGUGGCCCAGGGGGGGGAGCAGUAUAACGCUCCCCCCACCACGCGGCAAACCACCCCUCCAGCCAGUUCGAGCGCCACCUGGACCUCUAAUCGUACACGAGGACGUGCAAUGUCAAUGAGGUGUCUUCAUCGACGAGUUUCUCAUCCUUGUCACAGUGUUGAGAGCAGACAUGCCGCAAAACAUGAAAAACGUCCGUCGCAGAAGCUCGAAACCUCCUGGCCAUUCUCCCUGGAGGGCGAGGGAGGAGGUGGAGGAGGUCGGGGUGCUUCUGGGGGUGGUGGGGGCGGGGGUGGGAGGCGGGCACCCAGCCUUCGUCUCGUGAACGGAAGAGCAACAACGGGAGUAGGUUUACACACGAGCAGUACAGAGUCUGUUCGUUCACCCCAUCACCAUCUUGGUCAUCUUAAUAACAAUAAUAAUAACAACUUUCAUAAUUCCACUAAUAAUCAUCCGCGACUGAAUAAGGAUGAUAGCAUCAAAAUUAGCAUCGAAAACACCAAUACCUGCACCGAUAGUCUCGUCACUGCUUUAGACGACGAGACUCUUCUUAUUACUGACUUCCUUGCCGAUACAAGCAACGACAUGAAUUACAAAGGAAGUGGUAAAGUCCAUUUCGGGGUGGACGAUGUCUCCCUGUAUGGCACACCGAAGGAGGAAUUGGGCCCGGGACUUCCGGGUCAGGAAGUCAAACAGAGCUUCCUUAAAAAUCAAUUACAGGCCCUAUUCCAACCGACGGAUAAUAAACUUGCCAUGAAACUAUUCGGCAGUAAGAAAGCUCUUAUGAAAGAAAGGAUCAGGCAAAAGGCUGCAGGUCACUGGGUUAUACAUCCUUGCUCUAGUUUUCGAUUUUAUUGGGACUUAUGUAUGCUGCUCCUGCUAGUAGCUAAUCUAAUAAUUCUACCGGUCGCCAUUAGUUUUUUUAAUGACGAUUUAAGCACCCGGUGGAUAGCCUUCAACUGCCUUUCCGACACGAUAUUCCUCAUAGACCUCGUUGUCAACUUUAGGACUGGUAUAAUGCAACAAGAUAAUGCUGAACAGGUGAUACUGGAUCCUAAGUUAAUCGCGAAACACUACCUCAGGACUUGGUUCUUUCUCGACCUCAUCUCCUCCAUACCUCUAGAUUAUAUUUUCCUCAUAUUUAAUCAAUUUCAGGAUUUCAGCGAGUCCUUUCAGAUUUUGCAUGCAGGACGUGCUCUUAGGAUCCUCAGGCUCGCCAAGUUAUUAUCACUCGUUAGGUUACUUCGAUUAUCGAGACUGGUGCGGUACGUCUCGCAAUGGGAAGAGGUCUAUAUCCCCCUUUACCAACAGCCGGAGAGACACUACGAGCGUCGGGCUACACCGCCCCAACCAGACCGAACCAGCAAGAUAUUGCAGAACCUACAAAAAAAACGCACUGAGCGGAGGGGGCGCCUAAGCUCUGACAAUAUGAAUAAAAAGAAGUCCGGUUUCAGCAAAAGCGACCUUAUUUUUAAGUUCCUGAACAUGGCGUCGGUGUUUAUGCGGAUUUUUAACCUGAUCUGCAUGAUGCUACUCAUUGGUCAUUGGAGUGGAUGUCUACAAUUCCUGGUACCAAUGCUUCAAGGCUUUCCCAGCAAUUCAUGGGUUGCCAUCAACGAAUUGCAAGAUUCGUUUUGGUUGGAGCAAUAUUCGUGGGCAUUGUUUAAAGCCAUGUCACAUAUGUUAUGUAUAGGUUACGGAAGGUUUCCACCGCAAUCGUUAACCGAUAUGUGGUUAACGAUGUUAAGCAUGAUCAGUGGUGCAACGUGUUAUGCACUAUUUCUCGGUCAUGCGACGAAUCUCAUUCAAUCUUUGGAUUCGUCGAGAAGACAAUAUCGAGAAAAGGUGAAACAAGUAGAAGAGUAUAUGGCCUAUAGAAAAUUACCGAGAGAAAUGAGACAGAGGAUAACGGAAUAUUUUGAACAUCGUUAUCAGGGAAAAUUCUUCGACGAGGAGUUAAUUCUCGGCGAACUUUCAGAAAAAUUACGAGAGGAUGUUAUAAACUACAACUGCAGAUCGCUCGUUGCAUCUGUACCAUUCUUCGCAAACGCGGAUUCAAACUUUGUAUCGGACGUCGUCACAAAGUUAAGAUACGAGGUUUUCCAGCCAGGCGAUAUUAUAAUAAAAGAGGGUACAAUUGGCUCGAAGAUGUAUUUUAUUCAAGAGGGCAUAGUAGAUAUAGUUAUGGCAAAUGGAGAGGUGGCAACAUCAUUAUCGGAUGGUUCCUAUUUUGGGGAAAUUUGCCUUUUAACAAAUGCCAGGAGGGUGGCUUCCGUUCGAGCUGAAACCUACUGUAAUCUCUUCAGCCUCUCGGUGGAUCAUUUUAACGCUGUUUUGGACCAAUAUCCAUUAAUGCGGCGGACCAUGGAGAGCGUUGCCGCCGAGAGGUAUAAACUUUGGUUAAAUAAAAUUGGGAAGAAUCCUAAUUUAGUAGGGCAUCGUGAAGAGGAUCUUGGCAGCGAAUCGAAAACCAUAAAUGCCGUCGUGAAUGCUCUUGCGGAACAGGCAGCUCACGCAAGUGCUAGCGAAGAAUCGGUUCACAGCUUGGAGCUGAGAUCAUUACCAGGGAGUCUGCUUCCUAGGCCAAAGUCUGAAAAUAAUUUUGCAAGCCAAGACCUUACGAGGGAAGGGCGAAAAAUCUUCCACAAGAGCGAUACUUUCCACAAAGACUCGUAUCAAUGACGACACUCGAUUUACUAGCAAACACAGAGGUACUAAAGGCCCAUUUUUGUUCAAGACUUUUGGUGCCUUUAUCAAUUUACGUACCUGCUGUUAUGCAUUAUGAACUAAUUAUAUCUAAUUGACUCGAGAAGUGCAGUGAACGCUCGUCAAAACUCUAGUUCUCUAAACCCCCCCCCCAGCCCCCAACAAAAUCGGUAUUAACGUUGCCUUUUUAUUUAUUUUAACAAUGCUUCAAAACUUUCACCUGCGAAGAAUUUAUUUUCUUUUUGAAAAAAAAACCCAUAAUAAACAUUCCCAAAAGUGAAUUUUAUCAAAACAUUAUAAAAUAUAGAAUUCGUCCAAACUUUUUAAGUGGCCUAUUUGUAUAUUGGCAUUUAUGCUUUUUAAAAUACACAUUGAGCAAAAAUUAUAAAAAAAAGAGAUAAACAAAAGGUGACGAUAGUUAACCUGUGAAAGUUGCAUUUUACGAAAGCUAUAUACAAAUUCUAUACCAUUAGACUUGUAAAGAAUUAAGAUUUAAAAAAAAUCGUAGCAUAGAGAUGAAUUUUCAUUAUAGAAUGAAAAUUCACUUUUCUAUAUCUACAACAUGUAAAUAAUGUACUAGAAAAUCAACGACAAAAUAGCAAAAGUACUUUCACAGAACUAGACGUGAUUUAAAAAAAAAAAAACCAAUACUUCGAUUCUUAUAUUUUGUCAUUGAACAAAGGAAUUAAAUACUCGAAAAAAAAAUCAAUUAAAAAAAUCUAAAAGAUUCUUUAUUAUAUAUAAAAAAAAAAGGCGCCGAGCUGUAUCUGUAACAAGAAGACUUUUCGUCAAAUUUAGUUGAACUAUGAAUACUGAUGAGCGUGUGAAUUAAAAAACAAAAAAAAAAGCAAAAAAAAAAAAAAAAAAAUAGACGAUUCUUCUCGUUACGAAGUAAAGUAGGCCUAGGAAUUUAAGCGAAUACUGUGUCCAUCGUGGAUCUAUUCCUAAUAAUGUGAAAAAAAAUCGAUGCGUAAAAUUGUGAUUUUUCCAGAAAGAGUUUCAUAUCUUAGAAGAAAAAAAAAAUAAAAACGAUUUCUUUUAGCUUCAAGUGAGAAAGAUUGAGAUAAUUUUUAGACGAACAAGAUUGAGUGCGAAUUAUCGCUUUUUAUUAGUCUCUCGAACUGACCUUUAGAAUAAUUAUUAUUAUUAAUUCCUUAUUUAAUCAAGAAUAUGCAUAUAUAUAUAUAUAAAUAAUAUAGAAAUAAAAUAUUUCAGGGAAUCUAUUCAAAUUUUUAAAAGGCCACAAAUGAAGUUAUUUUUUUCUUUAUUAAACGAUUUUUUAAUUAUACUUUUCAACAAUAAUCUCAUAUAUUGAAAUAAAUAUUUUCUUUCUGAAUUUUUUUUUUUUAAAUUUCCUCUAAAAAUGAAAAUAUUUUUCAAUAAAAAAAGAUGACUCAAUUUAAGAGGAGAUUGAUUAAAAGAAUUUUAAAAGGGAAAUCCUCUUAAUUUAAAAGAAAUACAUUCGGUUUAUAAAUAUUUAUAUAAGAAUAGUUUGAUUUUUAUAUUUUGGAAAAACACAGAAAAUUAAAAGGUAUUAAAAGAAUCUGCAACGCUUAUUAUUUUAAUCCAAUUUUGCUUAUUUUAAUACCAAAUUGAUUAAAAUAAUCAAAAUUGGAUUAAAAUAAUAAGCGUUGCAGAUUAUUUUAAUGACUUUUAAUUUUCUGUGAAUAAAAAAACAUUUUCUAUAUAAAAAUUCAAAAUAAAAGUUCAAUCAAUUUUUUUUGGAAAAAAUAACUUCAUUAAUGAUCAGAACUGGCUUUUUUGUUUUAAUCUUUUCAUUAAAAAAAAAAAAGAAAAAAAAGUCCAUAGCAUCACAGAGAAAAUAAAACAGUGAUAUUAAUCUAAAGAAUAUUUUCAGUUUGAGUGACUUAGGUUCAAGGAUGAAAUCAGGGUAAGAGAUAUAAUAUAGAAAAGAAAGGAUAAUGACUCUUAAGUCCAAAGACUUGUUAACUUGUUGAAUGUUCUUUGGACUUUCUUUUUUUUAGAGUUUUGACAUUGUUGAGACAAACAUUCAGAGACAAAAGAAUCAGGGAUUGAGAGAAACUUUAUAUAAUACGUUAAACGAAAGCAGUGUGUAAAAUAAAUAAGAGAGCGCUAUAAAUAUUAUUAUUAAGUAAAUUAUUAUUGUUACGAUUGCUAUAGCAAUGAUUGCUACCACAAAUGCAUUAUUAGGAAUUACAAAAAAAUAUUGACUGUACAUUCAAGUUGCUAUAUAUAUAUAUAUAUGAUUUUAGAAUGCAUUUUUUUUUAUUUUACCUUUUUUUUAAAAAAAAUGCCUUAUUUAAGUCCCUCUGCUGUUAUAUAUAUAUAAUUAAGUUUUCAUUAUUCGCCAAUGCGAUUCAUUAAAUCAAAAUUUAUAUACGUCUCAGGUCUGAAGAACAAAAUGAACAAUUUAUUUAUCAAAUUUUAGCAAAUUUUAACGACAAUAAUAAUAUUAAUAAUAAUAAUAACAAUAAUAAUAAUAACAUUAAUAUUAAUUCGAAACAAGGGACCUAAAAAAAAUUUUCAUUUAAAGGAAUGAAACUUACAAAAAAACAUUUGAAAAUUUUUCUUAAACAUUCUUUCAAUGAAAAUAAAUACUAUUCAAUUUUUGCUAAAAUAAAUUUAGCUGCCAGAAAUUUUUUUCAAAUAACUUUCUUUUAACAUUAUUUCUUUAUGAACUUAUAAACAAAUUUUUUUGUUUAAUUAUUAAUUUAAUCAAUUCAAAAAUUUUAAUUCAUUUCUUAAAUCGUAAUUUUCAUUCCUUACUGAACAAAAUUUUUUUUCUCGAAAAUAUUCAAAUUUCUUCAUUCAAUCCCUGAGACGUUUCUAGUUCGCAAAUAAUAAUAAUAAUAAUAAUAGUAAUUAUUUAUAUUUUUUUUGUCAAUUAAUUUCUUAUUAAAAAUGCUGCGCGUUUUAUUUUUAAUUUUCAUUCUAAUCACACUGUUUAUAUUUUUUAAAAAGUCAAUCCUCUUGCAUAUUGAAUUUAUUAAAAUUAUUAAUUAAAUCAAUUAUUUAAUGAAAUAAAAUAAAUUUACAUUUGUUAUUAAAUAAAUUUAAUUGUUAUUACAUAAAUUUUUAAUUGUUAGAUAAAUUUUAUUGUUACUAUUUAAAUUUUAUUAUAUAUAAUUAAAUUAUUAUAUUUUAAUUAAAUUCAAUAAUUAUCUCAUUCAAUAUUUAUAAUAUUAAAAAAACUAUAACUCGAAAAAAUAACAAUUUAUAAUUAAUUAAUUUUUUGCAAAAAAAUUGAAAAAAAUAUAUAUAAAAUUUGUUCGAGGAUUGACUAAAAAUUGUUAGACGUUAUUAGAUUAAUAUAAACUCUUCCUGAACCAAGUUUAAAAUGAAAAACUGACGAAAUAAUGUAUAUUAUAAAGAAUCUGAGAAAAGUUUACAAGAUUGCUUUAUUAUUUGCACAUAUGAAUUAAAUAAACUUGCAUCCAUACCAAAAAGAAAAAAAAUAUAUAUAUACAUAUAAUUGCAUAUAUUGUACAUACUUCCUGAGAUAGAGAUUGAAAAUUCUCGCACGUAUUAACACGUAUAAAUAUGUAAAACAUAAAAGGCAGUGAGAGCGAGAGAGAGCAUGAAAGAGAGAGAAAGAUUAAAAUAAAGAAAAUUAUUUUUUUCCUGAAAAAAAGGGUGAUAGUUUUGCCUUCAAUUUGCAUCUUCGAUCGCCUUGUAAAUUUACGACAUUAAUAAUAGUACGUUAAUUAACAAAAUAAACGUACUAUUAUAUUUUUGUCACAUGAAAAAAACAACAAACAAAAUUGCAAUUAUUUCGAAAUGGAGCGAGAAACGAAAUGAAGAUUAACUCGACAUUGUAUGCUAACUAUUACUGCUACUAUUAGAUACUAUUAGAUAAUAAUAAAAAAAAAAAAUGUUAUUACCAAUGCUACUGAUAAAGAAAAGUACUAUGUUAAUAUUAAUGAAUACGGAUACUAAAUAGCGAACGUAAGAAUUUCAAAGAUACGAAAAAAGUUAGUUGUGCGUUUAAAAAAAAAAAAAGGCGUGAUGCGUAAUUGAAAAAAAUUAGAGUGCAAGAGAGAAAAUGAGAGAAACAAAUAAUUUUUGUAAAAGAACUGAACGACAGAAUUAUAAAAGACGGUGUGAAAAUAUUGGCAAAUAUACGGUCGUCCAAAAACCGGAAAUGGUAAAUAAAAAAAAGUCACGAAAAGUCAAAUUCGAAAAAAGCCUUAUAAAAAAAUAAAUUCCAAAAAAAAAAAAAAUAAA